CUGGAAAAUAUUUUGUCGAUUUUAUGUUAAAUAUUCUGUCGUUACCUGUUGGCACUGUCAUAAGGCUUCUCACCAAAGAACAGAUGGUGGGUUCCCUUGGAAACCUUUAUGACAGCCUUGAGAAUAUGAAUGAUACCAACAUUCAGCCAACAGCAAACAAAGACACCCAUGAGAAUAUGAAUGAUACCUAAAUUCAGCCAACAGUAAACAAAGACACCCUUUUGAAGCCUAUAGUUCCAGACAAUGCUGCAAAUGUGCCUCCCUUGUUGCCAACAGUCGAAUCGUCAAACUCAAAACCCACCGGAAUUUAUAGGUGUGUUAAUACUUACCAUCGUAGCAGCUGCGGUCUCUAUGUGGCAAAUGAUUCUAAAUUCAUUUUUCCUUCCUGCAAUACUGUUAUGAACCAAAUCGCAAUAGUUGUUAAUCCAAAAAAGAAGGAUUCGCCUACUGAUGAGGGAGGUUAUGUGAAAGGGGUUAUUACAUACAUGAUCACGGAUAAUCUUGCUGUAAGGCCUAUGUCAGCCAUUUCUUGUAUCACUUUACUCAACAAGAUCAAUAUCAAGGAUGUGGGGGUUCUUGAAGAGAAAACCGUUGAUAUAGGAAUAGAUGAGGGUGUGAAGUUAUUGAAGGUAUCGUUGCAGUCCAAGGCAGUGCUCACUGAUGCGUUCCUCGAGAAGAAGGCAGGCGAAAGUGAUGCUAGCAACUCUUCUGGAGUACAUUCAAUCGUGAUAUAGGACAUUGUAAAAACACUCAGAGGAAAAAUUCUGUUAUAUUGCUACUGCUUUAGUUUACAGCUUUAUAAAGAGAAAAAUAAUCAUUUUAAAGGAAAUAAAUCCUAAUCC